AUGGAGCUGGAUUUCCCUCAUUUGCAACUAUCUUCUUCCGCCGAGGCUCAUACAUCCCUGAUCGUUCAGCAGUGCGCAGCCAUGUGCCCUCCUCAUUCACCAUUAGAUAAUGACAACACGAAGAAGGGAACGAAGCGCCCUCAGUCGCCUGAUGACGACAUCCCUGCCGGCGUCGAAGCGACCAGCCGAAAGAGAGCCAGAGUAGGGAAGCGAGUUCGGUUCACCAUGACCACCACCAACACCGAUGGACGGCCCACGGAAAAGGACGCCCUGAUUGUGAUCCCUCGUCAUGUCAAGGAAGAAGAUCUACCCUGCAUGUGGUAUACCCGCCGAGACUACAGAUCCUUCCGAGAAGACUCGCAGUCGCUGGCACUCGCAUUUGAGCUCGGGAUCCUGGAUCGCCUUCAUCCUGAUGAAAUCUGCUUGCGGGGCUUGGAAGCCAAUAUUUCCAAGGGCCAUUUGGAGGCAAGAUUGGCAUCCAGGGGGACACUGACCGAGUUUAUCUUGAGGACUCAGGAAGCUCAGAAAGGGCAUGGCAUGGCAGAUCCGGAAAUGAUCCGAGGUCUCUCACAAAUGUUGUCCAAAGACGCUUGCGAGGACGCACUCAAGUUGGCUGCCUAUGACAGGGAGGAGGCAGAACAAGAAUUCCAAAAGCAAGACGAACAACAAGAAACAUCGAGUCAGGAGCAAUGA